AUGCGGCUGCUGCCUGCGCUCCUGGCCCUCGCUGCUGCCCGGCCCUUGGCCUGCGCAGAUUCACACUGGUGCUACGACAUUCAAGCCAAGGCCUCCAACUAUGCUUGCUUGGGGCCUAGCCAAUGGGGUGGAGACUGCAAGAAGAACCGCCAGUCCCCCAUCAACAUUGUCACUACCGAGGCACAGGUAGACCCAAACCUGGGACUCUUCUCCUUCUCUGGCUAUGACAAGAAGCAAAAGUGGAAAGUCCAAAACAAUGGGCAUUCAGUGAUGGUAUUGCUGGAGGAUGAGGCCUCGGUUACUGGAGGAGGAUUGGCUGCCCGCUACCAAGCCAAGCAGAUGCAUCUGCACUGGUCAGAGGAGUUGGAUAAGGGCUCAGAACACACCCUCAAUGGGGUUCGCUAUGCCAUGGAGAUGCACAUAGUACAUGAGAAAGAGAAGGGGACAUCGAGGAGCGAGAAAGAGGCCCAGGAUCCCAAAGAUGAGAUUGCAGUGCUGGCCUUCUUGGUGGAGGCCGGAUCUGAGAAAAAUGAUGGCUUCCAGCCUUUGGUGGAGGCGCUGUCUUAUGUCCCCAGACCCAAGAUGAACACCACAAUGAAUGACAGCAUCAGCCUGUUAGACCUGCUCCCCAAGAAGGAGACACUGAGGCACUACUUCCGCUACCUGGGCUCACUUACCACUCCAGGCUGCGAGGAGAAGGUUGUCUGGACUGUGUUCCAGGAGCGCAUUCAGCUCCACAAGGACCAGAUCGCUGCGUUCUCCACGAAGCUCUACUACGACUCGGAGCAGAAACUGAAAAUGACAGAUAAUGUCAGGCCACUGCAGCGCCAGGGACAGCGCCUGGUGUUCAAGUCUCAGGCCCCAGGACAGCUGCUGCCCUUACCCUUGCCAACCCUGCUGGUCCCCAUGCUCACCUGUCUGUUGGCUGGCUUCCUCGCAUGA